CUUCGCUCCUGCUCCGUCGUCGAGUCGGCCUUUUCUCCUCCUCCUCCUCCUCCUCCCUCUUUCCUCCGCCAUGGCCAACUCAGGCUUGCAACUGCUGGGCUUCGCGCUGGCCCUGCUGGGCUGGAUCGCCACCAUCGUGGCCACCAUCCUGCCCCAGUGGCAAAUGUCCUCCUACGCCGACGGCAACAUCAUCACCGCCGUGGCCGUCUACCAGGGCCUCUGGAUGACCUGCGCUUGGCAGAGCACCGGCCAGAUCCAGUGCAAGGUCUACGACUCGGUGCUGAGUCUCAAAGCCUCCCUCCAAGCCACGCGGGCCCUGAUGGUGGUCUCCAUCGUGCUGGGCGUGAUCGGCAUCUGCAUUGCCACCAUGGGGAUGAAGUGCACCCACUGCGGAGGCGACGACAAGACCAAGAAGGCUCGGAUUGCCAUGACGGGGGGCAUCAUCUUCCUCAUUGCGGGUCUGGCUUCGCUGAUCGCUUGCUCGUGGUACGGGAACCAGAUUGUGCAAGACUUCUACAACCCCCUGACCCCCAUGAAUUUCAAAGCAGGGUCUUGGUAG